AUGGACGCCCGCUCGGCCAAGUUCCCGCUCAACAAGCAGCUCGAGGCGCUGGCGGUCUACCGCAAGAUCUACGGCGACCUCAGCGUGGGCGACGACUACGUCGUUCCGCCGACGUCGCGCGACUGGCCGGCCGACAUGCUGGGCGUCGACCUCGGCAACCGGGCCCGGCUGCUGCGCCAAGCCAAGGUCAAGUUUGAAGCUGAGAUCGAGAAGAAGCUCAACGACAUGGGCUUUCUCUGGAACCGGUCGCGCCACUAUGCGCGCUUCUCCAAGCUCGAGCAACCGGCAGGCUGGAUCGUCGUCGGCCGCCCGUGGCACAACAUCUUCGACGGCCUCGCGACCUACCAUCGACUCGUGGGCCACUGUCGCGUGCCGGGCUCCUUCAUCGUGCCAUCCGACAACGACACCUGGCCCGUCCCGUCGUGGGGGCUCGUGCUCGCCGAAUGCGUCAAGCUCCUCGAGGUCCACAUGUACCAGCUGACGCCGCAAGAGUAUACAAAGGCCCGAUCCCUCGGCUUGCUCGAGCACCUUCCCAUGUGGUUCGAGGUCAUCGAGCUCUUCGACUUGUACGACGAUCUCCACGGCAAUGUCGACAUCCCCAUCGACUUUGACGUGCCGCCACAGCAACCAUGGCCGUCGCAGUGGCACGGCUUGCACCUUGGCGAGCUCGCGUGGAAGCUGUGGAUCUACGAGAGCUUGCUACCGUCUUCGAAGCGACACGACCUCGACGACCUCGGUUUCGACUUCAACACGACGACGACGUGGGCGCGGACGCUGCAGGCGGCGCGUGUCUUUCUCGAGCUCUUCCAGCACCUUGCGAUCCCGCUCUCGUACGUUGUGCCGAUGCAGGACGCUUCGUGGCCGACCGAGCUCUGGGGCAUGCGUCUCGGCGCGGCCAAGUCGUAUUUCGACAUUGCUCUGCGCUGGCAUUUCCCGACGACAGCGACCCGGAAGGCUUGGCGCGACCUCCUGCACGCCGAGCCGAGCGCGACGCCAGAGCACCGGCGCUUCCGGCUCUUGCUCGUCGGCCUGCACAAGCACCGUCAGUUCUAUGGCCACGUCAACGUCCCGCCUGGCUUUGUUAUCGGCGCCCAAGACUACCGGUGGGGCGAGACGCUUCCUGGGUUUGCGCUCGGCGAUGCGAUCGCGUCGCUGCGCCACUCGAAGGACGCGCUGCCGCCGCCGGACGUGGCUGCGCUCAACGACAUGGGGUUCAUCUGGGACGUGGCCGCCCACGAGGUUUGGGACGACAUUAUUCGCGUCCUCUGCACGUGGUUCCAGCACUACCCGACGAUGCCGCUUCACGAUAGGAUUGUGCUCCAUGAGCACGAGAUGUGGCCGUCGCGCAUGUGGCACCAGCCCCUGGGUUUCUACUUGACGAUGCUCGAGGUCCACGAAGCGUUUGCUCUGCCGGUCUACCGCAGCGAACUUGCAGCGACGGGCUACGAUCUAACGAGCCGAUGGCGGGCCAAAAUGGCGGCGCUUGAAACGUACAAGGCGCUCUAUUUGCAUCUGCACGUGCCCCGGGACUUUGUGGUGCCGGCGCUCGACGGCUACUGGCCGCCGGCGACGCACGGCCUGCCGCUCGGCCUCAUUCUCGAGUGGCUCCGGCGCCUCCGCGACGAUAUGGACGAGGCCAUCGAGGCCGACCUCGACGCGAUCGGGUUGGAGUGGGACGCCGUCGACUUUUCGAUGCAUGCGCCGGCACUGGCUGCGUACACGAAGCUCAGUCGUGGCACCGUGGUUGUGCCGCCGGCGUUCGUGAUUCCCAACCGGGCGCCGUGGCCUGUCCACGUCCAAGGUGCCGCGCUUGGCUCCAUCGUCCAGAAGCACGAUGCGUACCUCGCGGCGAUGGACGCGCGCCAUGGCGCGACCCUCGAGGCCGUCAUGGCCAAGUACACGCCGCCGGCGCCAACGACCGAGGGGCCGACGCAGUGGAUCUACGACGUCCGCACGGUUGUCGCGUGCCUCGAGCUCUACAAGACGCUGCACGGCGACCUCGACGUUCCGCUUCUCUUUGUCGUGCCGAUGGAACAGUCGCCGUGGCUCCAUGACGCCGCGCUCCUCCCGCUCGGCUACCUCGUUGCCCGCUUUCGAGACCGUCUGCCCCGUCUCAAGAAGAAGAUCCGCCGCUGCUUGGCCAAAGCCAACGCCUACUCGCUCGCCGAGCUCGAGUUGAGUACGGAGGACAUGAUGAAGAAGCCCAAGCCGGCACCCAUCAUCAUUCCCCACCCAGCCCUGCCGUGCCCGCAACAAGUGCCGAUCCCCGUUGCAAGCACCACGAGUCAGAACGCUUCCGCUGCUUCAUCAGCGCCAGCGGUCGCCGCCGUCGUGCCGCCUGUGACGGUUGCCCCGGCUACCGAGACACCGGCGCCGAAAACGUCCCGCGACCCGAGACAAGCUCCGUCGCCGUCAGCAGCGACGGCGCCCAAGACGCAAGACGCAUCCAAUGCGCCAGCGCCCCGCGACCCGCGACAGGCUGCGCUAUUACGCCGCCGGAGCAGCAACUUGGCGGACGAUGCGCCGAAGCAGUCGCCUCUCGACGCAUCGCCUUCUCCACCACCGACUCCGUCCGGCGCCCCGCCACCGGCUGUGAAGACAGAGACGCCCGCCGAGUCGCCGGUGAAGUUCGAGACAAAGCCACUGGUAAAAACGACCGACGCACCGACGCCGCCGCCGUCGCGACCAGCCAAGCGCUCGGCUGCAAACAUGGAGUCGAGUCCUGGCGGCAUGAUCGACCUCACACUGGAUAGCGACUCGGACGACGACGUGCCGGCACCUGCGCCUGCUGUCAAGAAAGCCAAGACCAGCGCCGUCGUCAAGGAUACAAAGCCCAGCCCCGUCGAGCUCAAGACGUGGUCCGUAAAGCCUGUCGCACCCAAGGCGCCAGCCCCAGCCAAGGUACCUGCUCCACCAAAGCAGCCAGCUCCAGCGAAGCCGCCUGCUCCAGCCCAGGCGCCUGCUCCAGUAAAGUUGCCUGCUCCACCUGCGCCGACCACGAAGGCGGAACCGGCGUCCGCUGACGUCGUGACGUUUGAUUCGGAUCUCUUUGCUGUUGGCGCCAUGAUCUUCCACGCGCUGCACGGCCACUGUUUGAUCGACCCGACGUUUGUCGUGCCGGCCACGGACCAGUGGCCCGAGUCCGUGCGGGGCAUGGAGCUCGGCAAGAUGGCCAACGCGCUGCAGGAAGGUCGCGCGAAAGUGCUGGACCGCGUCCGCAGCCAGCUGGAUCUGCUCGGAUUCUUUGAGCCGCCACCGACGCCGAGCUGCACCAUCUGA